AAAUGCGUUCAGUUGACGAAGACAUGGAGAGUGGUAAACAUGGCGCGAAGAGCUUUAUGCACAAGCCAGCUGUUCGCAUUGGAAUCGUUGUUCUGGUUGUGCACGCUGUCUGCUGGAUCGGCUGGAGCGCCAUUAGUCCGGGUGUAAACAACAGUAAUCACGCGGCCAGGGCAAACGCCCAGCACCAACAGAUUCGAGCCGCAAUGGAAAGCAACAAAUAAAUACUCUUUGUAUUUACAUAUACAAGUUAAUUAGCUAUUUAAUUCCAUUGAUUCAUUCACACGCACUGUUGAAAUAUUGUUGGCAGUGACUGUUGCAGUUGAACUAAAACAUUUUGUAGUAAAUGUAAAAUUAAGUGACAAAGAAAGUUUGUGAAAAUUGUCAGUGAAGAAAAAGCUCUCUGAAUCAGUGCGAAAAAUCAAUCCAUCGAAAUAUAAACAAGUAUCUUGCACAUUGGUUAUUACCCUGGCAAACAAUAUGUGAAAUUAAAUUAAAAAUUAUUCUAUAUUGUUAGAAAUGAAGAAAUACGAAAUAUGCUGUAGAACAAUUCAAAAAUGUUAACAAUUUUGUGAAAGAUCUAGGCUAGCAUUUGUUUGCAUUAAUAUAUUUAUAGAAUAGAAAACAAAAUGAAAUAAUGAAAAUUGGUUUAUUGAUAUAAAAAAAUGUAAGCCAUAUAAUAAAUUUAAAAUAUUUAUAUUAAUCAAAGGAAAGAAACAUUUUUUAAAAAUUAUAAUUAAUUAUAAAUUAUUAUAAUUAUAAUAUGCGAAAUAAAUUAAUGGAAUAUACUUAAUUAUUAGAAAUA